AUGGAUCUGGAACUUGUGUCUCAGACAGCUGUAAGAGGGUCAGUAGAAGGUGACUACGCACUGUUUGACUUCUCUGGUGGCGGAUUGAAUCUGGAGAGAACCAGUGCUGGGGAUGAGGGCCACAAAUUAGGAUUACAGAGGCAUCCAUCAGUAGCAAAGGCUAAAGAGUCAAGACUGGAAAUGAGCAUAACUAUAAAUUGUCGUACCAGUAACAGGAAGAGUCUGAUCCUGUCCACCACCUCCCCCACUCUGCCCCACCGCCCACACUCUCCUCUGCCCCUCACUGGACACCUCGGAAGUAGCCCUCUGGACAGCCCACGCAACUUCUCUUCCAGCACCCCGGCACACUUCUCAUUCGCUUCCUCCAGAAGGGCGGAUGGUCGCCGAUGGUCCCUGGCAUCUCUGCCCUCCUCUGGAUAUGGCACCAACACGCCCAGCUCCACGUCUUCCAGCUCGUCUCAGGAGCGGCUGCACCAGCUGCCCUUCCAGCCCACCAUGGACGAGUUGCACUUCCUGUCCAAGCACUUUGGCAGCACGGAGAGCAUCACCGACGAUGAUGGGGGCCGCUGCUCACCACACAUGCGACCGCGCUCCCGCAGCCUCAGUCCUGGACGCUCCCCCUCCUGCUAUGACAAUGAGAUCGUCAUGAUGAACCAUGUGUACAAGGAGCGCUUCCCCAAAGCCACGGCUCAGAUGGAGGAGCAUCUAGCAGAGUUCAUCAAUGCCUUCUCCCCUGAGAGCGUGCUGCCGCUGGCCGACGGGGUCAUCAGCUUCAUCCACCAUCAGAUAGCAGAGCUGUCCAGGGACUGCCUGUCCAAAGCUCGCGAGGGCCUCAUCACUACUGUCUACUUCUUUGAGCUGCAGGAGAACCUGGAGAAGCUGCUCAAUGACGCGUAUGAGCGAUCAGAGAGCUCAGAGGUGGCCUUCGUCACAGAGCUGGUGAAGAAACUCCUCAUCAUCAUCUCUCGCCCAGCAAGGCUGCUGGAGUGCUUGGAGUUUAAUCCAGAGGAGUUCUACCACCUGCUGGAGGCAGCAGAGGACCACGCCAAGGAGGGACACCUGAUGAAGACGGACAUCCCUCGCUACAUUAUCAGCCAGCUGGGACUGACACGAGACCCUAUAGAGGAAAUGGUGAACCUAGACAGCUACGACAGUGAGGGACCUCUCACCCCAGAAACAGACGACUCAACAGAGGGCAAGAUGAGAGCUAUGAAGACGCCCGAAGAGGCUGACUUCCAGACCAUAAAGCUGAUCAGCAAUGGAGCUUAUGGGGCUGUUUACCUGGUCCGUCACCUGGAGACCCGUCAGCGUUUCGCCAUGAAGAAGAUCAACAAGCAGAACCUGAUACUGAGGAACCAGAUACAGCAGGCCUUUGUAGAGAGAGACAUCCUGACCUUCGCUGAGAACCCAUUCGUGGUCUCCAUGUUCUGCUCCUUUGAGACCCGCAGGCACCUCUGUAUGGUCAUGGAGUAUGUGGAGGGGGGAGACUGUGCCACCCUGCUGAAAAACAUCGGGGCAUUGCCUGUGGAGAUGGCGCGCAUGUACUUUGCCGAGACCGUCCUGGCACUGGAGUACAUCCACAACUAUGGCAUCGUGCACCGCGACCUCAAACCAGACAAUCUUCUGAUCACUUCCAUGGGGCACAUCAAGCUGACUGACUUCGGCCUGUCUAAGAUGGGUCUGAUGAGCCUCACCACUAACCUGUACGAGGGACACAUUGAGAAGGACACCAGAGAGUUCCUGGACAAACAGGUGUGUGGCACGCCAGAGUACAUCGCCCCGGAGGUGAUCCUGAGACAGGGCUAUGGAAAGCCAGUAGACUGGUGGGCUAUGGGCAUCAUCCUCUAUGAGUUCCUGGUGGGCUGUGUGCCGUUCUUUGGAGACACACCUGAGGAGCUCUUUGGACAGGUCAUCACAGAUGACAUAGUGUGGCCAGAAGGUGAGGAUGCUCUUCCUGCCGAUGCCCAACAUCUGAUCUCUACUCUGCUUCAGACCAAUCCACUGGUCCGACUGGGCACAGGCGGUGCAUUUGAGGUGAAGCAGCACUCGUUCUUCACUGAACUGGACUGGAACAGUCUGCUGAGACAGAAGGCUGAGUUCAUCCCCCACCUAGAGUCAGAGGAGGACACCAGCUACUUCGACACCCGCUCGGACCGCUACCACCAUGUCCACUCUUAUGAUGAGGACGACACCAAUGAUGAUGAACCUGUCGAAAUCCGUCGUUUCUCCUCCUGCUCCCCUCGCUUCAGCAAGGUGUACAGCAGCAUGGAGCACCUGUCCCAGCUAGAGCACAAGCCCUCGACGGUGACCCGGCGGGAGCACAAGGGUCCCAGGGAGGACCGGGCAGCCAAGAGAGAGAGCCUGGGCAGCCUGACCUUGAGAGAUAAGAGCUGGAGGACAGGAUCACCUGAGAUGAAGCGACUGUCAUGCUCAGAGUCCUCCUUCACUGAGAGUGACUCCAGUCCUCCAUCUGGGGCCCGGCGACGCUUUUCUGCACUCAUGGACACUCACCGCUUCGCCUCCCCACUAGAGGCCGAUCCUGAGCUGCCCGUGCCCACCAGACAGCCCCCAGUCAAGGCCAGGGGCACAUCUUUGGAGGGGGCCAUGGGCACCACAUCCAUGGGCACCACAUCCAGCCAGGGGGAUUUUAGGAAGGAAAAGGAGGGCAAUGGUUUGACUGCUGGAGACAAGCUGCUGAGGCCAGCUGAUGUACUAAUGGGAGUCAUCCCCAGCCCCAACAGUACUGUGACUGCUGGGGCCACAGAGCCCCAGGGGUCCCGGGCCACCAACGAACUGGUCCUGAGGAGGGUCCGCCACAGCCAGCUCUCAGCUGAGGGAGAGAAACGCAACUCGCGACCUGUGACCAAGGUCAUCAAGUCUGCCUCCACCACAGCCCUGUCUGUCAUCAUACCUACAGUGGAGCAGCAUGGUACGUCCCCCCUGGCCAGCCCCAUGUCUCCUCGAUCCAUCUCCUCCGACCUGUCGUCUCGUGACUCCUCCCCCAGCCGAGACUACUCGCCCACGGUCAACGUGCUGCGUUCUCCCAUCACCAUCCACCGCUCUGGGAAGAAGUACGGUUUCACCCUCCGAGCCAUUCGAGUCUACAUGGGAGACAGUGAUGUCUACAGCGUACACCACAUGGUCUGGCAUGUGGAGGACGGAGGCCCUGCCCAGGAGGCGGGACUCUGCGCUGGUGACCUCAUCACUCAUGUGAACGGGGAGUCUGUCCACGGGCUGGUGCACACUGAGGUGGUGGAGCUCAUUCUGAAGAGUGGAAACAAUGUGACGGUGACCACCACGCCCUUUGAAAACACCUCCAUCAAGAUUGGUCCUGCCCGCAAGUCCAGCUACAAGUCCAAGAUGGCACGGCGCAACAAGAAGACAGGGGCUAAGGAGGGACAAGAAAGUAAGAAGCGCAGCUCGUUGUUCAGGAAAAUCACUAAGCAGUCGAACCUGCUCCACACCAGCCGCAGCCUGUCCUCUCUGAACCGCUCUCUGUCAUCAGGGGACAGCCUCCCAGGCUCCCCCACCCACAACCUCUCUUCCCGCUCCCCCACACAGAGCUACCGCUCCACCCCCGACUCCACCUACCUGGGCAACACUUCUCAGAGCAGCUCUCCAGUCUCCAGCACCCCUAACUCCCCGGCUGCCUCCCAGCACAUGAGACCCAGCUCCCUGCACGGCCUCUCCCCCAAGCUGCACCGCCAGUACCGCUCAGCCCGCUGCAAGUCAGCUGGCAACAUCCCCCUAUCCCCCCUGGCCCACACACCCUCCCCCACCACCUCCUCUCCCCCACCCCUAUCUGGCCACACAGUGGGUAGCUCCAACACCACUCAGGCCUUCCCAGCAAAGCUCCACUCCUCUCCCCCUGUGGCCCGUCCCAGGCCCAAAAGCGCAGAGCCCCCCCGCUCACCCUUGCUACAGCGGGUUCAGUCGUCAGAGAAACUGGGCGCGACACUCCUGACCUCCUUUUCAUCUUCGUCGUCAGCUUCCUCACCCCUUGCAGGGGGGGUGUCAAUGCGUAAGCACAGCCUGGAGGUGUCACAUGGGGACUACAGGAGGGAGUCUUACCACUGCGAGCACAGCCUGCAGAGUCUGUUGGAGAUGGAGGGAGAGAACGGGCCCGUUCCCCCCUCUCCCUCGUCUUCCUCCUCCCCCUCUCCCCCCACGGUUGGAGAGACAGGGUGCCUGAAGCCUGCGAGGAGGCUGGGGAGACAGGAGUCGCCCCUGAGCCGGGACACACUGCUGACAGGGAGGGAGAGAGCUGCCCAGACUACAGCAUCUGACCCUCACACUGACAGCACACCUGUUAAAGUGGAGCCCAAGACCAGCGCUGGUGAGACAGCUCAGACAUUAACCCCUUGCGAGGCUCUGAAGAGAAAAGCUUCCCCAGUACCAGGUGAGGCCCAGCCUAGCCCAGCCUCAACCCCCUCCACUCCAGGGGCCAAGUCCAGCCCAGCAGACAAACCUCUAAGCUCUAGUGCUCCAAGCUCUGAGACAGCCAGUGGAGGCCCUAAACUCACUGACAGGGCCCCAGUCCAGGCUACAUCCCAGAGUCCGCUCUCCCAGGAGCGUAAGCACCAGGCUGUCCAGACAGACACCACCCCAGCAAGCAGAAACCAGGAGAAGAGUGAGAAGAAAGGGAGUGUGGGCCCAGACAAAGUCACUACACAGAGGGCGGGAGCUACAGAGUUGGCCAAGGCAAGUAAAGACACACAGAUGGGAGAGAGCACUUUGAAAGGAGGGAUGGGUGGCAUUGACAAAGCCACUGAGACCAAGGUUAAAGGACCUGCUCCUUCAGUCCCAACCCAAGCACCAGCCCCAACCCCGGCCCCAUCCCCUCUUACCAUAGGCCCAGUUCCUGCUUCAACAAAAUCCAGAGCAGACAAGGUUUCUGUCCCGUUGAGCAGCUACCGAGGGGCAAAGGAGGAGAGGAGUCACCUGGAGGUGGUGGAGGAGAACCCUAUGUCCCCCUCCUCCACCGCUGCCUCCCCCUGCUCCAGCAAGUCAUACCCCGUCUCCCCUGGUGACAAGCCAAGCUUUGUGACUCAGCUGACCAGUGUGGCCAAAAACGUGCUGGGGCCUAUGAAGAUGGGAUCCCAGGAAGGGCCCAAGGGCGGUGAGGAGAAAUGGGGAAGUUCAGCAGGAAAGUCUGAGGCUCCGUCUGGAGGUAGUCAACGGGGGGCUCAGGGGACAUCUCCAGGUCCUACCGGCUCAGCUCAGCCUGAAAAGGCAAACACGAGGAAUUCAGGUAAGCACCACUCCUGA